UCUGGUCACACACCACGGUAAUCAUUCUGGGCGGUCCUCGUCAGUGCUGUGGCAGUAGCCGUGAAGCGGCGUCCACCGCUCGUGCUCGGUUGCGAGGCGCAUGCGAUGGAACUCGGCGGGUUGGAGUUCCGCGCGCGCGGCUGUACUGUACGUGAAGCGUGCGGAGUGGUGCUGCGAUAAGCGGCAACCGAUGAGAUAGAUCAUCGCAGCCAUAUCGCAGCGCUGCCUUGCGCUGCACGUGAACGAACCGUCAUCGAGCCGACAUACAGACGCCGCCGAGCACAGCCGUCAUGGACAAGCCGUCGGGGAAGCAGCGACAGAUUGAGACCCUGGUAUUUCUUGACUUGGAGUCGACUGGCCUACCAGAUUUGAUGCCGCGGCGCAAGGUGAAUGUGACCGAGCUGUCGCUGAUUGCUGUGCCACGGAAGCUUCUGCGGAAUCCACUGCGCUGCCUGCACAGGCUCAGCUUUUGUGUGCAGCCGCGGAAUGCAGUUACAGUGGAUGCUGCCGAUAUCACUGGUCUGGACAACUGGGACCUGCAGUGGUGCCCAUCCUUUGGUGAAAUGGCCCAGGUCAUGGAAAAGUUCUUGUACACACUGCAGCCACCCAUCUGCCUAGUGGCGCACAACGGUGACAAGUUUGACUUUCCGCUCCUGCGAGCCGAACUGAAGCAUGCUGCUCCCGGCAUUGACCUGACAGCUUUCUUCUGCUGCGACUCGCUGCCGGCCUUCCGAGAGAUCUUGGGCGAUGCUGCUGACCCUCAGGAAGUGACUGAGGUGAUAGCACUGGGUGAGGUUGGUAAUGAUUUUUGGGAGGCCUUCGAAGCUGCGGACAUUACGUCGGCAAGCGACAGUGACGAGCACCUGCCGUCCCAGCCUGUGGAAAGGCCAACGCAUCAGACACCACCAAAUAAAGCUUCAGCAUCCGAUGGCAUCCCACCUCCGGUGAAAAAGAGACGUGGAGCCCGUGAGGAGAAUGGGCAGCGCCCACAGCAGUGCAAAUUGGUGGCGAGACGCCUUUUCCAGGAUGCUGCUCCUGCAAAUGGCAGUAAUACUUCAUCAACAUCGGCAGUAAAAAAGCCAGUUGCGAAUGGAAAGAAAGUGCAGUUCAAGCUUGGCAAAGUUUACGAGCGUGUUAUGGGAACGGAGAUGCCCUUGGCGCAUGAAGCGGAGGCUGACUGCCGAGCGCUCGCCGAAAUAUGUGCUCGAUUGGGCAGCCGAUUUCUAGAGUAUGUGGAUGCAAAGCACCACAUGCUCCAGAAUGUGACGCCCAUGUGGGAGUAGGGAGGUGGUUUCCAUAUUCUUGGCUGGGCUGUUGCACCUUUGUGCUCCAGCCCAAGAGUGCUCUGUUCCAUGGUGUUGAAGCAGUCAAUGUUUGGUGUUUUGUUAAAAGUACAGAGAUACAGGGGGAACUUAGGGUUAUGUUAUUUUUUGAAACUUAAAAUAAGGUAAAUUAAAAAAUCGGAUAUGCAGUAAAAACUGCGUAAGAAUUUGGCUGAAAAAAAAAAGUAUAAAUUUCAGGGUGCUGAUACAAAGCUGUAUGAUCAGCUUAUCACUGCUACUAAUCAGCAACAUUUGUCACUAAAGGGACACUAAAGGCGAAUAUUAAGUCGACGUUGAUUGUUGAAAUAGCGGUCCAGAAGCCUCGUAGUGCUACUUUUAUGCCAAGGAAGUGCUUAUUUUGAAAUAAAAUCACAUUUUAGUAGUCCGCAUCGCGUUAGCGCACUUCAAAUCACCCGCCUGAAAUCCGACUUUCAUACAUCACUGCUGCCGUGC